AUGACCACCGUUCCGGUUCCAGUUGCGCGCAAGCGCCUCGACCAGGUCGCCUCGCGCAAGGAACUCCGUUACGCAAAGCGCAUUGUUAUCAAGGCGGGGACUUCCACGAUUGUCACGGAAAGUGGGUUCCCCAGCGUGCGGCGCAUUGCGAACAUCGCGGAGGAGAUUUCCGCCCUCUGCAGCGAAGGCAAGGAGGUGGUGUUCGUCUCAAGCGGUGCAUGUGGCAUGGGGCGAAAUGUGCUGCGCCGUCAGGACGUGAUGGUCUGCUCCGCCUUUGAACGCCUGCACCGCAACUGCCGACCGAUUUCUUCGAUUGGCGACAACACCUUUGCGGCGGCGGGGCAGGCGAACCUGAUGAACCUGUACCAGACCGUCUUUCAGCAGCUCGACAUCACCCUGGCGGAGCUCUUGUUGACGCACCACGAUUUCCUCUCGGACGAUCGCAGGGAGAACCUGCACGACGCCCUGGAGAAUCUCCUGAGUCUGGGCUUUGUGCCGGUGAUCAACGAAAACGACACGGUCACCGCCAACCGCAAUAACAAGUCGAACGACCCCUUCACGGAUAACGACGGCCUUUCCUCUCUGGUGGCGCAGACCAUUAACGCCGACCUGCUGAUUAUACUAACUGACGUGGACGGCAUCUACGACAUGCCCCCAAGCGACCCAAGCGCCCGACUCAUCACGACGUUCUCCGAAGAGAGUUCGGUUGUUCUUGGUGCCAGAAGCCCCACGGGGCGUGGCGGGAUGAACGCAAAGAUUGAGGCCGCGCGUUCCGCGGUGCGUGGCGGCGUACCGGCGGUGUGCAUUUGCUCUGGCCGUCGCAUGGGCACCAUUGGGGAGCUGCUGCAGGGGAAACCGGACGUCGGAACCAUCUUUGUGCGGGACCCCACACAACUGCUGGCGACGGAGGCCGCGGUGGCCAAGGAGUGUGAGGCCAUGACGAAGACCGCCAGGGAGGCGCGUGAGGGGUCGCGGCAGCUCAACACGCUGACUUACGCGGAGCGGAGGAAUGUGCUGCUGGCGGUUGCCAAAGCACUGGACAGCAACCGCGACAAAAUACUGUCCGCCAACGCCCUGGACCUGCGGCUGGCGAGCGAGCACAACCUCGCCACCCCGCUGCUGAAGCGACUGGAGCUGACGCACGCCAAGAUCGACACUCUGGUGUCGGGGAUAACAUCGAUUGCGGAGGCGAAGGACCCCCUUGCUCGCGUGCUUAGUGCCCGCCUGCUGGAUGAGAACCUCGUGCUCUGCAAGGAAACGGCUUCUAUCGGGGUACUGCUUGUCAUCUUCGAGUCUCGACCGGACAGCAUGCCGCAGAUCGCGGCCCUGGCGCUCUCCUCUGGCAACGGGCUGCUGCUGAAAGGCGGUCACGAGGCGGAGCAUUCGAACGAGGUGCUGCACUCCCUGAUUGUGGCGGCGGUGACGGAGGCCUCGGAGGGCAAAGUCGCGCCUGGCGUGAUCGGCCUCGUCAAGAGCCGCACCGAAGUCUACGAACUCCUAAAGAUGGAUGAGUACAUUGACCUUGUGAUCCCGCGCGGCUCGAAUCAGUUGGUGCGGAACAUCCAGCGCUCGACAAACAUUCCGGUGCUGGGGCACGCGGAUGGCAUCUGCCACGUCUACGUCCACCCUGACGCCGACAUGGAGAUGGCGGCGAAAGUUAUCAUUGACGCAAAGCUCAACUACCCGGCCGCCUGCAACGCCGCGGAGACGCUGCUCAUUCAUCGGGCGCUUGUGGACAACGGCAGCGCGAGGGCGCUCGUGGAGAAGAUGAAGGCGGCUGGAAUCAAAAUAUUUGGCGGCCCAAAGGCGAUCGCGGCCUCCCUGGCGCGUGCCGGCGCGGCGUCGAUGCACACCGAGUACGGCGACGAGCGCAUGACGGUGGAGGUUGUGGAGGACCUGGAGGGCGCCAUCAACCACAUCAACACCUACGGUUCCCACCACACGGAGAGUAUUCUCACCUCCAACAACGACACCGCCAGCGAGUUUGCGAGACGCGUCGACUCCGCCUGCGUCUUUCACAACUGCUCCACACGCUUCGCCGACGGCUACCGCUUCGGGCUCGGCGCCGAGGUGGGCAUCAGCACAAGUCGGAUUCAUGCACGCGGGCCCGUGGGGGUGGAGGGGCUCCUGACGCAAAAGUGGGUGCUGCGACCGGUGCACCCGGAACUGUACGCAACCGUUUCCGAAUUUCAAAGCGGCGAGCGCACCUUCACACACGAGGACAUUACGGACGCCACGGUGUUGCAAGAGGACAGCUGA